AUGACAGGGCUUCCACCACCAAGGGAGGGGCAAGAAGGAAAAUCGGAUGACCAUCCCAUGGUACUUCCUGAGGGUGUCAGUGAACCAGAGAUGGAUAGCUUGCUCGAUUACAUGUUCAAAGCGGCUUACCAAGAAUACCUCAGGCGGCAUGAUGAUGGAGUGAAGCAGGAGGAUCUGAUAGCUAUCCUCAAGCUGUCGACAAUGUGGGAGAUACAAGAUGGUCGCGAAUACGCAAUCAGGAGGCUACCUGAAUUGAUCAGAGGGAACGCACCUCUUCAGUUCUACCUUGCCCGGACUUAUGACAUUGUGGACUGGGUGGAGCCAGCCUUCAGGGAGCUGUUGAAUACACCAAUCCAAACAAUCACAAAAGAAAUGGCUCACGAGAUCGGUCCUGAGGCAUUCUAUGUCCUGACUCACACAAGUGCGCAAAUAUCGGAGCACCGUCUUCUCCUUGCCUUCUUCCCAUCAGAUCCUGUUAUCAAUCCCGUCUGCCCUACUCCAGCCCUGUGCGCUAGCUCAUGGACCAAGCAAUGGUGGCACGGACUUGCAAAGCAUCUCCUGCAUCCAGACAGCACCUUGACCGGAGGACAAGUACUGGGGUUGUUGGAGGCAGCUCGGAUUCCAGGGAUGUGCAUAGGCUGUCAAAAGGUAAACAUCGACUGGGUACGAGACCAGGGAGUGAUGGUACAGGAUGAAGCAAUGAGGGAGAAAGCGCUCAAGGAGGUGUUACUCUGGUUCAUCCCUGAGAAAGUGGGGCCAAGCGAGCACGACGUGGGGAAGGAAGGAGCGGCGAGUGGAGAGGCUCAGGAGGAACAGGCAUAG